UCAUUUGAGUCAGAGUUACCCAAACACCGUUUUGAAUCCUUGACCUUUCAGUUUACAGAAUUCCCUUGAUCUCUUUUUUAAAACCCAUUAAUUGAACAAUGUUUGUGCUGAAUCCGAUGAAAUUUUACAAAAUUUACAAUUUGGUAUCAUAAUGUACCUCUAUAUCUAACAAGAUCAGUUAGUUAAUAAAUUAUGACCUGAAACAAAUAUAAAAUGCGUCAUUAAAUCUUGGUAACUUUCGCAUUUUCUGACAUUUGUUUAGCAAUUGUGGGUUAUUUGUCUUUCAAGAACCUUGUGAUCAAUUUCAUAGAUAGAACGAUCGAGUAUUAAAGUUAUCCUAGUUAUCAAUUUCCUGGAUACUGAAUUGAUUUAUAUCAGGAAAAGUGCAGACGGCAGCACUAAGUUUUACCCGUCUCAAAAGAAAAACGACAACAGUAUACACUAAUCAAAAUGGGCCGUUGUUUCUUCCAUCUUCUUCUAACUGUCUCACUGCAAUGUAUCCUGCCAUCAAGUUCUUCAAAUAUUGAAAUGUUAUCAUGGAGGCAAGACUCGGCCAAAAUUCCAACAAACUGGGGAUCUCAGGUUUUUGUGCUCCCAGUGCAGCUAGUUCAGACCGAUUGGGCAAGCCAUCACUCCAGAUCCAGACAAUGUUCACUAAAAAACAAGUACUACUGUUUAUAUGGAUACAAAACUGUGUUUGAUGAACGCGAACGAUCAGUUAACUCCAGUAUGGCCGACACGGAUAGAGAGAUGAAAACGGUGGAGUUCAGCAACAUCAUCCGACAAUGGUGGCGGCAGAAUAACAUGUUCAACCUGAGAGAAAAUGGGGUGGGUAUUGGUAGCGUGGAAGAAGAGUGUUGUACUGACCAGUCAAUGAAAUAUAAGUGGUAUGGGUAUGAAAACAGGAAGAUGUCACCCGCAGAAUAUUUCCUGAAACUCACAGAUUAUACGACUAACAUUAAAGAACUCAAUUAUAUUCAGGCUGUUUGGGAUGCCUCUAGAUGUGUAAACGUCAUCACUGAAAUUGGGUUCGGCAGAUACCCUUUUGUCUACGAAGGAUUCGAAAUCAAAAACUUACCCCUCGUGUUUCCAGAGGUGUUUCAAUCCACUCUCUCCUUCCCUGUUGACUUAACUGAUAUUGAAACCUCCAUUAGCUACAAUUGGUUCAAGUUUAGAAUAAUAUGUCGCGAUCAACCCUGGAUUUGCCAGCCAUGAAAACAAUUGACUUUUACUGAAGCUUCUAAAAAAAUAGAAUAAAAUUUUCAGCUUGAAGUUCAAUAGCGUUUUCGAAACUGAAUUGAAAAAAAAAAACUAAAAUGAAAAAAUAAUAAGGACGGCGUGGAUUUUAUUAGUUUUCAUCAUCACCUUCUGCAAAAAGGUGGAGAUUUGAUUCGCUAAAAGGUACUAAGUUUUAAUAUGCUUAAUGCUUACAAGUUCAAU